AUGGAUAAACUACAGAGAAACAAAACCACAGCUGCCCAGGCUAUCGCGAUCGAGGAUGGCAAGGACCAUCCUUUCCGCCCUGGAGAGACACACUCGACAAAAGUUCCUGGACGCCUAUCACCAACACCAAGUAGGCUUUUCGAACAACCAAUUCAUGCGGAACAUCUAACAUUGCAACUGGUCAUUGUUUUGUCCAGCGAACCUGGCUCUGAAAGGGCCAUCCAAAUACCCCAGUUUAUUUUCUUCGAUGAAUGGGAAGGAAAUGGAAAAAUUGCUUGUACUCAUACUCGUAGGAUCGAGGUCGCUUCAGCGGCUGAACGUACUGCCGCCGAGAUGGACGUACACGUCGGAGCAGAGCUUGGAUUCGCUAUGCGGUUUGACAAACUUCGGCAUGAUCAGACUGAGCUGCUUUACAUGACGGACAGAACACUGUUGGAGGUGGCUGGGAAACAACCAAACUUCAACGACUUUGCCUGCAUCAUCAUAGACGAAGCUCACGAGCGUGCAUUGGCAACUGACAUGCUGCUUGGCCUACUAAAAGUGGCAAUAUCCCAGCGUACCGACCUCAAAGCCACUCACUUUGAGCUCGUUGGCCAGAACCAUCCCGUCCAGAUCACAUACAUCAAGGAACCUAUUCUAGAAGUCUUCAGCGCGGCCUUAAGUCUAGCCAAAUGUAUCCACGAAAAGGAGGAGGAUGGAGAUAUCCUCAUUUUUUUUUUCUCAUCCGCUGCCGAGUGUGAGGAAGCCUGUCUCCUGCUUCGCAAAAACACAAGGGACUUGGAGGUCUUGCCGCUGUACUCUGAACUACCAGAGAACCAGAAGAGUCGAGUGCUCCAAACGAGAACAAAGCGAAUGUGUGUAUGUGCCACCAACAUUGCUGAGGCCAGCAUGAUUGUCGAUGGCAUUGUCCAUAUCAUAGAUCUUGGCAAAGCCAAGCACAAUGGGUACAACCCGCGUAUGAGAUUAAACGCCCUAAUCACGGGUCCAAUAUCACAAACUGCCGCCCGUCUGCGUGCUGACUGCGCCGGUCGAAACAAGCCUGGCUUUUGCUAUAGGCUGUACACUUACAAGUCCUUCAAGGAAGAGAUGAAGGCAUUCUCACCACCCAAAAUCCACGAGAAUGGGAUUUCUGAAUUCAUUUCAAAGCUCAAGGCCAUGGGAUUGGACAACGUGGCUGAGUUCGACUUUGUCGAUCCACCUGACCCCGAGAUCUUAUUUCGCGGGCUGGAGGACCUUGGGCAUAUGGGCUACAUAGAUAGCAAAGGGGCAAUUACUGAACGUGGCCGCCAGGCUUCCAAAUUACACGUCCAUCCAGUAUGGUUCAACGCCAUCGUAGAGGCUCACAAACUUGGUUGUAGCCUUGAAAUGCUGGCUCUCGCCGCUCUCGAUGGAUCCAACAUCUACUUGCGACCACAUGGAGUCAGGCAUUAUGCUGAUCUUGCCCGACAGCAAUUUGCCGACUUUACAUCAGACCAUCUCGCACAACUCCACGCAUUUCCAUGCCUACAACAGUGGUGUUUUGAUGCGUUCCUCAACCACUCCGUUCCAGACGAGGUCGCACGGGUUCGACAACAACUCAAGGAACAAUUCCACUUGUUGUUUUCGGAUUGGAGAGCGCCCAAUACAACCCCCUUUAUCGAUCCAAAUUACGAGAUCAACAUACGAAAAGCUCUGACCCGAACCUUCUACUACCGCUCAGAUUUUCGUGACCCAGCCGGUAUUGACCAGUACCGCGUCGUUCGUGCCAACUGGCAGGUUGGCAUCCACCCAGAUAGUCACCAGGUUGGAGCUAAUCAUGAGUGCAUCAUCUUUGGAAACUUAACCUACUCUGGGAUCCAGUAUAUGUCAAAUGUCACUGCUGUUGAGCCUGAAUGGCUUGCUGUACUCGACUUCUUCAAAGAGAAGAAUUGGCCGAGGAAGCCCAAUGGAGUUUAUCGCAUGCCUAUUCUACAGACUACCAUUCUUCCCCUGCAGCCCAAGAAGGACCCCAAAAACACUCCCGAGUAG